AUGAAAUCUAUCUUUUGCUCUCUGCUCUUGCUCAUCCCACACGUGGUCGGGGCACCUUUUAAUGCUCGAAUGGCUUCGAAAUCAUCUAAGCCUCCGUUUUUUAUCCUGGCAGGUGAUAGCACAACUGCAAAGCAGAGCUCGAAUGGCGGAGGAUGGGGAGACGGAUUUCUGAACACAACAUUGUUCAAUGGAGCAUCUGGUCAAAACUAUGGUCAUAACGGGGCCACCACAGUCAGCUUUCGCGCUGGCGGAGACUGGGAUAAUGUUUUGGCUACGGUCAAAAAUACAAGGACUGAAUAUCAUCCUUUUGUGACAAUUCAAUUUGGACAUAAUGAUCAGAAGCCGGCAGCCAAUAUUUCGAUCGCUCAGUAUACGGAGAAUCUGGAAAGGUUUGUGGCAGAGGCUAGCGCCGCGGGGGCCACGCCAAUUCUUGUCACGCCAUUGUCUCGUCGCAAUUAUGAUAGUUCUACCGGGACUCCUAAGAUUAUUGAGAGUCUUUCCAACCAAACAACAGCCACAAUAACUGCCGCGCAUAAUAGUAGGGUCAACUUUAUCAAUCUAAAUAAGGCUAGCACCGACUACCUCAAUGCCAUCGGACCAACAAACGCUUAUACCUACAAUCUGAAUGCGGCCGACUAUACGCAUCUGAAUGCUAAAGGAUCGGUUGUGUUUGGAGGUAUAGUGGCGGAGCUGAUUGAGCGUGAAUAUCCUAACCUGAAACAUGAUGGAUUCCUACACGUGAAAAACGAGCUGAAAGAUGACGUGGAGAGGGGCAUCUAUUACUGGCCAGCAUGA